AUGGCUGAAAUAAAGAUACUAAAAUCACAUUUAGGAAAACAAGCCAGACAAUUAGAAAAUGAAAUUGAUUCUAAAUUAGUUACAUUUAGUAAAUUGGGAACCGGUCAUGUUUUAAGCCCUAAAAAGGAUAGUGCUGCAGAGCCUUUACUUGGAACAAAUACAUUUGAAAAUGCUACAGAUGAAAUUCAAAUUUUGUUAAACAAACUUUCAUCAGUGUCUGAGAAAUUAAGUGAAGUAACAGCAUCUGGUACUCCUCCAACAGCAGCUCUACUUCACACAGUUCAAAGACAUAAAGAAAUUUUACAAGAUUAUAUUCAGGAAUUUAAUAAAAUUCAAGCAAAUUAUAAAGCUAGGAAAGAAAGAGAAGAAUUAUUAAAUAGUGUUAGGACUGACAUUAGUAAUUUUAAAUCAUCCAAUGGACUUAACAGAAGAGUAGAUUUAAAUUUAAAAGAAAAUGAACAUAUUCGAAAUUCUAACAGAUUAGUUGAUGAGCAAAUAGCUAUAGCAAUGGAAACAAGAGAUCAUCUUAGUAAUCAAAGAAUAAUUUUCAAAAGAUUUCAAACUCGAAUUAAUGAUUUCAGUAAUCGUUUUCCAUUAAUUAAUAGUUUAAUUCAAAGAAUACAUAUAAGAAAAAGAAGAGAUUCAUUAAUUGUUGGUUCAGUUUUUGCAAUAUGUGUUAUUUUGAUGUUAAUGUAUGCAUUUCGUUAG